AAAUACACGAAUUGGUAAAACUUUACGCGCAGUGAAUGUAAAGUGAGAACGGCGUGCUUUUCCAUAAUACACCUUUGUGCGCUCCUGCACAUCAUAAACAUGGAUCAAAUUUUGGGUUGUAUACAUGAUUUAAAAAAAGUUGAAAGUUAUUAUACAGGAUAUCUGAAUACAAAUUCUGAGGUUGGAGAUUUCUUGGAAGAUUACAGAAAGACGACAGGAAUAUUUUUUGCUGUGUCACACAACCGCUCAAGAGAUACUGACAAAAGUGGUCAUUUUAAAGGCACAGGUGCACCUGUUUUUGAAGUAAAGAGAAAAGAUUGGAGCAUUGAAUUUUGUGGGAUUCCAUUCAUUUGUGACUCAACUAUUGAACGAUGUUGUAUGUUUGGUAAAACGUAUAAGAAUUCGCGAAAAAGCGAGGAGGGAGGUGGUGCUGAGGUUAAUGAACAUUGUUUCCCCAAAACUGAAAAAAAGUCGAGAGUAUGUGGAACGAUCAAAAAAGAUUGUCCUGCGAAACUAAUCGUCAGAAAAGUGAGAAUGUUCCCACAAAACACGAUAGAUAAAAAUGAAUUUGAAAAACUUUCCUAUAGAUUAAAACGAAAGAUUAAGCACGAAAAUCUCAAAGCACUGAAAGCUUCCAUCAUCAAUGGCACAGCAGUUAGCGUGGAGAGGUUUUACAUUAUCAUCCCAACGGAGGAAGCACAUGCAGGACAUAACCCCGAACACAAAGGAGACCUUCUCGUCCAGCCUUUACAUAAAAAACUUAAAAAUAAAAUUUACGACCUGGUCAGCGAAGGACUCGUUAAUCCUAAAGAUAUCAAACCACGAUUGAACGACUUUGUAACUAAUGUGAUUCAGAAAGAUGCAACUAUAGAAAUUGAUCCACAUAACUCUUCAUAUUACCCGAAUUUAAACACGAUAUCCAAUCACGUGCGUUUAGCUCUAAAAAGUUAUCGUUAUAAUGAGCUGGAUGAAGUGUCCUUUCAAAUCGACGAAAUAUUAAAUAACACUCCGUUGUCUGGGGAGCCUGGUGACGAGAUUACAGAUUUGCCUCAACAACAUAAAAAAGACGUUAGUAGAAAACAGGAAUAUUGUCGCAUAUUGUUAAAAAAAGCCAUCAACAUGACCCAUGAUUGCAAGUCGAACACUACAAUGAAAGAGUGUAUUGAUCUCUGCUAUAUAAUUCUUCAAAAGCUUCAAAGUGAUGCAGAAAGAGCAGUUAGUGUGCAGCCGAAUGAGAUUAACUCUGAUCGCUCGCCGUACAAAGAACUUCAAAUUAAGCGUGAACACUCACCAGACAACUUGACACCUUCUAAAAAGACCAAAAUAGCUUAUUGCGACUAAAUAAUUUUUGUGAUAUGUAUUUAAAAAAAAUUCCGUUGUGUAAACUUUUGUUGUAGAAACUUUUGUAGUUCAGUCUAACGAACGAAUUUUUUUGUAUUCGUUAAGCGUAAAUUUUCCGGGAUGCGGUAAUCAGAAAGAGUCGACUCUGCAAUUCAGCAAUACAAAUUCUCACUUAUACCAACAUGUUCUAUGGCAUCUAAGGUUAAAAAAAAUUGUUCUGUGUCGUUCUGUUGUAUAUAUAAGGUGUGUAUUUAAAGGACCGGAAUAACAAAAUUAUAUUUUAAUGUCUUUUACCUGUACGACUGGAUUAAGAAAAGUCUGACAAAAUAAUAAAAUAUGUCAAA